CAGAAGAACUAAUCAAUGGUUUAUCAUACUUAUAAACACAUACAAUAAUAAGUGAUGAGGUUCUUAAACAAAUUUUAGCCGAAUGUGUUAACCUUGUAUGCAAUUCCAAUGAACAGAUAAAUUUACCUCCAACAAACAAGCAAGACAUCUUAAAACUUGUCCAAUUCAGUAUGAUAAGCUUAUUCUUUGAACAUUUACGAUCAUCAGAAGAUCAAGACCUAUCCAUCUACCUAACAAAAUUGAAACUCAACCAAAAUCGUGCUGAUUUAAUCACCAGAACAUAUAAUAACUCAAAAAUUGAUAUUUUAAAGAACAUUGCACUGUUCAAUGAUAAUCAUGUACCGCAUAUUACAGAAGUUAAAUGGAAAUUGGAUUAUGUUAUACAAAACAAUGAGAGUUUGGAGAAGGAAUUAUUGUAUAGGAUUCAAUUGGUAACAAAUAAGGAACCGAUAAGCUUUUGUUGCAAUAGGGAACAGUUGCAUGAUUUAGUAUUUAAGUUGAAAGAUAUUCAGAAUCAUUGUAGUAAACUUGCAGCAAUUAAUACAUAA